UGAUUGAAAUAUUGCAAAACUAAAUACGAACACAUUGUUAUUGUACGGAAGUUAUUGUAAAGAAUAAUAAAAAAACGCUUAUCUAAAGAAAAUUUAUUAAUUUGUUUUAAACGAAUUUAAAUUGUGGAUAUUGGAUAUAUACAACAGCAGACUUUCCCAAGCAAUAUUGAAAUCAUCUUGUUUUGGUUCAAAUAUAAAUCAGUUGUAAUAACGUUUCGUGAAAAUUAUAAUAAUAAUAUCAAACAAAAUGUCUGGAGCCAAUGUAAUGAGAUCGCUACCAAGCGCUUUCUGCUAUUCCCCUAAUCCUACCAAUUUAUACAAGUUCAUUCUGGGUAAAGUUGGUCGGGACGAAAUCGAUAAUAAUACCUAUAGUGAUCAAUUGCAAGCGGUGUGCAAACCACGUUAUGUCAUGAGCGAGAUAUACCACAGAGAAGAUGAACGUCUGAAGACAUUCGACAGUUGGCCAUUGGAGUGGAUGGACAAGACGCAAUUGGCCAUGACGGGCAUGUUUUAUUUGGGCGAAAGUGAUAAGACAAAGUGUUAUUUUUGUGAAGUUGAAAUCGGUCGCUGGGAGCGUGAGGAUCAACCUGUACCUGAACAUCUGCGCUGGUCGCCAAAUUGUCCUCUACUGAGGCGUCGUACCACCAACAAUGUACCCAUAAAUUGUGAGGCCUUGGAACGUCUGUUGCCGCCACCCAGUUAUGAUAUUUGCGGUCAAAAUGAACAUAUAGAAAUAAGACGUAAUGCAUUUCCCGAAGGCACAAUACCUGCUGCAGACAUACCGCCCGCCUCACCGGCCAUGGCCAGCAGUAGUGGCAGCAGCACAUUUUAUCCCGAAUAUCCGGAAUACGCCAUUGAAACGGCCCGUUUGCGUACCUAUGCCGAAUGGCCUAGAAAUAUGAAACAGAAACCCGCUCAACUAGCCGAGGCUGGCUUCUUUUAUACUGGAGUGGGCGAUCGUGUCAAGUGUUUCAGCUGUGGUGGCGGUCUUAAAGAUUGGGAUGAGAAUGAUGAACCCUGGGAGCAACAUGCCCUAUGGAUGGGCAAGUGUCGUUAUGUAAAAUUGAUGAAGGGUGAAACUUAUAUUGAAACUAUUGUAAAUAGAUUUAAAAAAUCCACUUCCAACACCCCUGAAGAGGGGGAGUUGCAAAAUGUUGUGGCUGCCACCAACACACUACCAGCAGCAGCCUCAGUUGUAACCGUCAACACUGUAACUGGCCCAAAAGAAAGCGAACAGCAACAGGCCAGUGGCGCCACCGCACAAACAUUGGCAGCCACCAGCUGCAAUGGAGCAGAACAAAACAAAAAGUCUUGCUCCUCUGUCAUACCCGAGGAGAAAUUGUGCAAAAUUUGUUAUGCCAACGAAUACAACACGGCGUUUUUACCCUGUGGUCAUGUGGUGGCCUGUGCCAAGUGUGCUUCGUCCGUGACCAAGUGUCCCCUGUGUCGAAAAGCUUUUGCCGAUGUUAUGCGUGUAUAUUUUUCAUAAAUUAUUAUAAUAAUAGUUAUUAUAUAUAUAGCUAUAAAGCUAACCAUAAUAAUGAAAGCAAACAAAAAUUUACUUUACAUCCUCCACAAAUUUUCCUCUCACUACUACUACUACUACGCCAUAGUUUUACAAAUGUACAUAAUUCUCUAAUAAUAAUUUCCCGCAUCAUCCAACAUGUUUUAACAAAACGGGUUUAACGGCCAGUUGGGAUUUGUUUCAAUCCGAACAAUGAGUCUCAACUGGCCGUUGAAUUUAGAAAAACAAAAAAAACAAAUUUUAUUUUCUUUGUUAAAAACUAAUUUAAAUUUCUCAUAUGUUAAAUUAAGCAGCAGUAUCUUAGUUUUCAUAAUAAUUAAUAAAAAAUGUAAAACAAAAGAUCUCAAAAACUUACGUUUCCAAAAUUGUUUGACCAAAUGUAUAAGCAAACAAUUUAAUUUUUAAACAAAAACUUCAAAAUAUACAAAAAAAAAAAAAUUAAAAACAAAAUCUAAAAAUCCAAAAACAUACUUUUUUUUCUUUUAUAUCCCUAAACAUAAAAUAAAUAUACAUUUUAGUAAUAAAAACUAUCUGUAAUAAUAAUAAUAGUAAUACAAAACAAAAAAAAAACAAUCCAUUAUAAAAAAGGAAAAAGAGAAACUAUUUUUUCUAAAAAUCUCUAUUUUAAGAUAAGUCUGCAUCAUAAAAUUAAUAAUGUGCGUGAAGAGUGUUGUAGUAAUGUCUGAUUGUGGCUGAUUGCCAGCUAAAUACAUAUUGUGUGUGAAUGUUAAAUUAUGUAUAAAUUGUAUAUGAUAAAAACCAAAUCAGCACAGUUAAAAUCAUUUAUUCAAACCUUUUCAAAUUUCUAACAAUUUUUUUUCUUUUCUAAAAACCACAAAUAAACUGAAUUAAAUCUUAUAUUUUUUGUUUGUUUUUUAAUAAUUGGAUAACUUAACUUUAUUGUUUUCUUUUUAUAAUUUUAAUAAUUAACUUUAUUUUGAUUUGGCAUUAACAGAAAAAAAAUGAAACCCUUACAUAUGAAUUAAAAAAUCGUAAUGCAAAACAAGUAUUUAUAAAAUUUCAUUGCAAGAAAAACAAAAUACAUAUUUUUGAAAAAUAAUUGAAAUAAAAUGUUUUACAAAAUUCAAA